CGUGGGGCUGGCGGAAGCGCCCGGCGGGGUGGGCGCGCCCGGCCUGCCGCCGAGACUCGGCUACGGCACCGGGAGUCGGUGGUGGCGCCGGGACCCCGGGUCCCCCCGUGGAGUCUUCGCUCAGAACAGCUGCCACCUCAGGCCGAGAUGAGGAGCCGCUCCGAGUAGCCCCCGCCGCCGCUGGGAGGACCCGCCGCGUCCCGGGGCAGCGCCGCGCAGCAGCCGGUCUGGGUGGAGCCCUGCUGGCCGGUCUCUGCUGGCAGGAGCCAUGGCAGAGGCCGGGGACGCGGCCCUGUCGGUGGCCGAGUGGCUGCGGGCCCUGCACCUGGAGCAGUACGCCAGGCUCUUCGAGCAGCACGGACUGGUGUGGGCCACGGAGUGCCAAGGCCUCAGCGAUGCCCGCCUGGUGGACAUGGGCGUGCUGCUCCCUGGCCACCGCCGCCGCAUCCUGGCCGGCCUGCUCCGCGCCCACACGCCCCCGGCCCCUGCACCCCGCCCCGCCCCUCGGCCUGUGCCCAUGAAACGUCACGUCUUCCGCUCGCCGCCUGUGCCCGCCGCUCCCCCGGAGCCCCUGCCCACGGCUGGAGAGGAUGAGGGGCUGCCCACCGCGCCUCCCAUCCCACCCCGGAGGAGCUGCAUCCCGCCCGCCUGCUUCUCCACCCCGUCUGCAGCUGCUCCAGACCCCGUGCUGCCCCCGUUGCCCGCCAAGCGGCAUUUGCCAGAGCAGUGUGUGCCCCCUGUGCCCCCCCGCACCGGGCCCCCCCGCCCGCUGGUGAGCCUCCCCACCAAGGAGAAGGAGUUGCUGUUACCUCCAGCAUCCUCGCCUCCCCAGCCAGGGCCUGAGGAGCCUCCGGCCGUCUUCCCCCGGGGACCUCCCCAGCCCCCGACUCCACCUCCCAGCCCCCCAGCGAUCCCCCCAAAGCCUCUGCGCCCGCUCCCAGAGUUUGACGACUCUGACUACGAUGAGGUCCCUGAGGAGGGGCCAGGGGCCCCAGCUGCCGUGAUGACCAAGAAGGAGGAGCGCCCAGCGAGCCAAGUCCCACGGGCCGUGCGUGUGGCCAGUCUGCUGAGCGAGGGGGAGGAACUGUCCGGGGACGAUCCGGGGGAUGAAGACGAGGACGACCACGCCUAUGAGGGCGUCCCCAAUGGUGGAUGGCACACCAGCAGCCUGAGCUCAGCCCUGCCCGGCAGCCUCCUGACCCCUGAGCUCCCGCCUCCCCCCAUGGACGGGCCGCCCGUGAGCCAGGACCCCAGCCCCGUCCCACCAGUCAUCAAGGCUGGCUGGCUGGACAAGAACCCCCCGCAGGGAUCUUACAUCUAUCAGAAGCGAUGGGUGAGGCUGGACGCCAGUUACCUGCAGUACUUCGAUAGCAACAAGGAUGCCUACUCGAAGCGCUUUGUCCCCGUGGCCUGCAUCUCCCGAGUGGCUGCCAUUGGGGACCAGAAGUUCGAAGUGAUCACCAACAACCGGACCUUCGCCUUCCGGGCGGAGAGUGACGCCGAGCGGAAGGAGUGGAUACAGGCUCUGCAGCAGGCGGUGGCCGAGCAGCGUGCCCGGGCCCGACUGUCCAGUGCUUAUCCAUUGGGUGGAGGCUCGGAGCCCCCUGACCGCGCGGGCAGCCUGGAGCUACGUGGCUUCAAGAAUAAACUCUAUGUGGCCGUGGUUGGGGACAAAGUGCAGCUUUACAAGAACCUGGAGGAGUACCACCUGGGCAUCGGCAUCACUUUCAUCGACAUGAGUGUGGGCAACGUGAAGGAGGCAGCGGACCGGCGCAGCUUCGACCUCACCACCCCCUACCGCAUCUUCAGCUUCUCGGCCGAAUCAGAGCUGGAGAAGGAGCAGUGGCUGGAGGCCAUGCAGGGAGCCAUUGCGGAGGCCCUGUCUACCUCAGAGGUGGCUGAGCGCAUCUGGGCCGUGGCCCCCAACAGAUUCUGUGCUGACUGCGAGGCGGCCCAGCCCGACUGGGCCUCCAUCAACCUCUGCGUCGUCAUCUGCAAGCGCUGCGCAGGCGCGCACCGCGGCCUCGGCGCUGGCGUCUCCAAGGUGCGGAGCCUGAAGAUGGACAGGAAGGUGUGGACGGAAGUGCUCAUCGAGCUCUUCUUACAGCUGGGCAACGCUGCUGGGAACCACUUCUGGGCAGCCAACGUGCCCCCCAGUGAGGCCCUGCAGCCCAGCAGCAGCCCCAGUGCCCGGCGGUGCCACCUAGAGGCCAAAUACAGAGAGGGCAAGUACCGCCGCUACCACCCGCUUUUUGGCAACCAGGAGGAACUGGACAAGGCCCUGUGUGCCGCAGUCACCACCUCAGACCUGGCUGAGACCCAGGCGCUCCUGGGCUGUGGGGCUUCAGUCAACUGCUUCUCAGGGGACCCUGGGGCCCCCACGCCCCUGGCUCUGGCUGAGCAGGCGGGACAGACCCUGCAGAUGGAAUUCCUUCGGAACAACCGAACCACGGAGGUACCUCGGCUGGAUUCAAUGAAACCCCUGGAAAAGCACUACUCAGUUGUCCUGCCAACCGUGAGCCACAGUGGCUUCCUCUACAAGACCGCUUCAGCUGGCAAGCCGCUGCAGGACCGCCGGGCCCGGGAAGAGUUCAGCCGACGCUGGUGUGUCCUUAGCGACGGGGUCCUGAGCUACUAUGAGAACGAGCGGGCAGUGACUCCCAACGGGGAGAUCCGGGCCAGCGAGAUUGUGUGCCUGGCAGUGCCCCCUCCCGACACCCAUGGUUUUGAGCACACCUUCGAGGUGUACACGGAGGGAGAGCGGCUGUACCUGUUUGGGCUGGAGAACGCGGAGCUGGCUCGUGAAUGGGUCAAGUGCAUUGCUAAGGCGUUCGUGCCUCCCCUAGCUGAGGAUCUGCUGGCCCGGGAUUUCGAGAGGCUUGGGCGCCUACCCUACAAAGCUGGCCUGAGCCUGCAACGGGCCCAGGAAGGCUGGUUCUCCCUCACUGGCUCUGAGCUCCACGCUGUCUUCCCAGAGGGGCCCUGUGAGGAGCCACUGCAACUUCGGAAACUGCAGGAGCUUUCCGUCCAAGGGGACAGCGAGAACCAGGUGCUGGUGCUGGUGGAGCGAAGGAGGACGCUGUACAUCCAGGGGGAGCGGCGGCUGGACUUCACAGGCUGGCUGGGCGCCAUCCAGAAAGCAGCAGCCAGCUCAGGGGACACGCUGUCGGAGCAGCAACUCGGAGACUCGGACAUCCCGGUGAUCGUGUACCGCUGUGUGGACUACAUCACCCAAUGCGGCCUGACUUCCGAGGGCAUCUACCGCAAGUGCGGGCAGACCUCGAAGACGCAGCGGCUGCUGGAGAGCCUGCGGCAGGACGCUCGCUCUGUGCGCCUCAAGGAGGGCGAGCAGCACGUGGACGACGUCUCCUCCGCGCUCAAGCGCUUCCUGCGAGACCUGCCCGAUGGGCUCUUCACUCGAGUCCAGCGCCUCUCCUGGCUGGAGGCCUCAGAGAUUGAGGAUGAGGAGGAGAAGAUCUCCAGGUACCGAGAGCUGCUGGCGCGCCUGCCCCCAGUCAACCGGGCCACCGUGAAGGCCCUGAUCAGCCACCUGUACUGUGUCCAGUGCUUCUCUGACACGAACCAGAUGAACACGCACAACCUGGCUAUUGUGUUCGGGCCCACGCUCUUCCAGACAGACGGGCAGGACUACAAGGCUGGCCGUGUGGUGGAAGACCUCAUCAGCCGCUACGUGGUGGUGUUCAGUGUGGACGAGGAGGAGCUAAGGAAGCAGCGGGACGAGAUCACUGCCAUCGUGAAGAUGCGUGUGGCUGGUACGGCCAGUGGGACCCAGCACGCUGGUGACUUCAUUUGCACGGUGUACCUGGAAGAGAAGAAGGCGGAGGCAGAGCAACAUAUCAAGAUCCCAGCAUCCAUGACAGCUGAGGAGCUCACGCUGGAGAUCUUGGAUCGCAGGAAUGUGGGCAUCAGGGAGAAGGACUACUGGACCUGCUUCGAGGUCAAUGAGAGGGAGGAGGCAGAGCGCCCCCUGCACUUUGCGGAGAAGGUGCUGCCCAUCCUGCACGGGCUGGGCACAGACAGCUACCUGGUGGUGAAGAAGCACCAGUCCAUGGAGGCCAUGCUGCUCUACCUGGCCAGCCACGUGGGCGAGACCAAGCACGGCAUGAUGAAGUUCCGCGAGGACCGCAGCCUCCUGGGCCUGGGCCUGCCCUCAGGCGGCUUCCACGAUCGCUACUUCAUCCUCAACAGCAGCUGCCUGCGGCUCUACAAGGAGGUCCGGAGCCAGAGGCCGUGGAGCGGGGCCCCUGAGACCAGUCACCGGCCUGAGAAGGAGUGGCCCGUCCGGAGUCUCAAAGUCUACCUGGGGGUGAAGAAGAAACUCCGGCCACCCACCUGCUGGGGCUUCACCGUGGUACAUGAGACAGAGAAACACGAGAAACAACAGUGGUACCUGUGCUGCGAGACGCAGAUGGAGCUCCGGGAGUGGUUCGCCACCUUCCUCUUCAUGCAGCACGACGGCCUGGUGUGGCCCUCGGAGCCCUCUCGCGUGUCCCGGGCGGUGCCCGAGGUCCGGCUGGGCAGCGUAUCACUGAUCCCGCUGCGCGGCAGUGAGAACGAGAUGCGCCGGAGUGUGGCCGCCUUUGCCGCCGACCCCCUUUCCCUCCUCCGAAACGUCUGAGCACAGGUGGGACUCUGUCGCCGCUGCCACCACCACCACCACCGCCGCCGCCGCCGCCACCACCACCACGAAGCCUUCCGGGCAGACACCCUCAUGCCCUGCAUGCCUGGUGUGAGCCAGCAGGGGGCGCAUGAGGAAGCCACACCCCUGCACCCCACAUCCUGACUGCGCAUGGGAUUCCCUGGCCGGGAUGUGGGGGGCAGGCAGCAGGGUCUGCCUGCCGAGGAAUCCCUUACCUCUUCCCAGCAGGUGGGAGCUCAGCCCUGCUGGCCUGACCUGCACUCCUACCCCCUGCCGCCCGCCAGGGUCACCUACCCUGAGGUCAGGGGGUCGGAGAGAACUCUGGACAAAUGCCAUCCUUUCAGAGCUUGAGGCCCCGGGGCCCCCGCUGGAAGGGAGCCCACCCCUUUGCUACAAACUCCAGAACAGCCAAGCGCGGGUGCUCUGAAGGAUUGCUCAGCUGGGGUGGGACGGGAGCUCUUGGCCGAGAACUGGACUGGGGGGCCUUCAGGCCCCUUUCUGGUCUGGGCUUUACCGGGAGGGCCCAGGCUGCCCGGUGCCCCUUCCCCACUUUGGGGACCUUUUGAUAAUAUAAAUAUACCUGUAUAUUUUAUCCCCU